UAUUUGAAAAAUCUCCAGUAACCCGAACCCGCUAGGGUUAUAAAUAAACCCUUUUCCCCAAAAAUUAGGGCUUUUUACAAAUUCAAUUGAAAUGGACGGUGAGAUUUGUGCUCCGAUAAGAUGAUCAACGGUCAAGAGGAGGCGGGCCGGUCGGGCGCCGAUGAGGAAAAUGGGAGGAUUCAUAGUGUACAACCACUUAGGGAUUUGGAAUCGAAUUGGGGUGUUGAUUUAGCUAAAAAUCUUGAAGAUUAUUUGCUUAAGAUUUGUUCCGGUGAAAUUAAUGGCGAAACUUAUGAUGAUGGGAAUCAUCUUUCUGUGAAUUUCGCUGAAGCUGCUUUGCUACUUCAGGGGUCAGUUCAGGUGUACAGCAGGAAGGUGGAGUAUCUGUAUUCUCUUGUAGUGCAUGCCUUGGAAUUCAUUACCAAGAAGAGUGAACCAGAUCAAUCAGCAAGUGGAUCAACCCAAGCGGAUGAAAACGGUUUGCCUGCUGCCAACCAUGAAGAGGAUGAUCCAUUUUGGGCUUCAGAGGAAAUCCCAGUGGAAGCAAAAAAUAUGUUGGAUAACACGACAUGCAGGGAUUCAUUCACCCAGUUUGUGAAGGCCCCUGCAAAUCUGGUUGUCCUCGAGGGUGACUGCCUGGAUGUUACUGGAGAUGCUGGAGAACUAGAGUCUUACUUGCUAGCCACAUGUGAUCUUUAUCGAGAUUUUAUUCUGUUGGACGCAUGUGAUUCUGUAACAGUGGAUGGAUUUCUGGAUAGUGAGAAUAUAGCUGGAAAGGGGCUGAACAAUAAUUUCCAGGGCAGUUCCCUAAAAUCCAAAUACCGCAAAAACUUUUCCUCUCCGACUGGACUUUCUGGGGGAAAUGGCAAUAAGUCUUCAGCUCGAAAGAACCAGGAUGCUAAUUUAUAUCAGUCUCCAAGGGUUCCUGAGUUUGAUCCAGGCAAUUUAAACAACGAUCCACCUGAAUUUGAUCCAGGGAAUUUUAAUGUACCUGAUAACAUUGAUGAUGAUGCACAUGGGUAUCAAGAUGGAUAUUCAGAACCUAGAGAUUUAGAUGACUCAGAUGAUGAAGACCCAUGGAAACCCUUGAACCCUCAUGAACCUGGCAAUUUGAAAGUGAAACCAUUCAAAAAAGUUAAACCUAAUAGAAGGCAGGGCGUGGUAUCCAGAAAACUUGCAUCUUUGGCCAUGGAAUUUCCGCUUGCGAAAUUACAUGGUACCAUUAGUACCGACCUCAAUGAUGUGUGGGAGAGGAAAUGUUGUGCCAUGAAUAAACAAGUUGACUCACAAUCUCCACCACCAUUUGAGAAGCUUCGGGAAUCACUUCUUCAUGGAGUGAAGAAUGACUUUGACGAUUUGUGCGCUCCAAAGGAAACGAAUGAAGACAAUGACUAUGAUAGUGCUGAUCACGAUUUUGGGCCUCCUGACUUUGAGAUGCCGGAAAAUAGUGACAUGAACAUUGAUGGUAAUCCACAUGGUGAAAAGCAUGUUAAUUGUAGUCCACUUUUUGAUGGUGAAGCUCAUGAAGAUCCGAAUGGUCAUGAAAAUCUUGAAGAUCUUUGUCGCUCCCACUUGGACUCGCUUCUUGCUACCCUUGCUGAAACUGAAAAGCAGACUGAAUUGGCUGCUCGGGUUUCAACGUGGAAACAGAGAAUUGAGCAGAACUUGGAGGAACAAGAAUCACAUCCGCCCUUUGACAUUCAUGAAUAUGGGGCAAGGGUUUUGAGCAAGUUAUCCCUGGAAGCAAAUGAUAAAAGCACCAUGUCCUUUUCUGAUGUUGUCAAGGGUUCGGAGAAGCAUGACAUCACUCGAACAUUUUCUGCGCUUCUGCAAUUGGUAAACAAUGGAGAUGUUGGUUUAGAAAGAGGUGCAGUACGCGAGUCCACUUGUUACACAGCUGCAAAUCCCUUCUAUGUCCGACUCCUUAAGCAUAAUAACGGUAGGGAGAAAAUGCAGUUUCAAUCAUCAAAAAAGAGAGCGAAAUUACCAAUACACAAUCAUUGCAGUAGAAAGGAAAAGAACAAAGGUAAAGCAGUUCAGGCUGCCGUUGAUUCAUCGCCAGAACCCGAUUCGGGUAGCAGAUUUCCCCUGAAGAUGGGAAAAGUUAAUGGAACUAGAUGCACACCUGAAAACAAGAAAAGAAGGAAGUCCAGAUUAGUAGCAACAUCGGAUUUGCGUACUGCAAUGUAGCAAAACGGAAAAGAACAUACCCCUACCGUUGUAAUUCUUAUCGCAAACCAAUAACCCAUUGGCUGCUGAUAUCUGUAAGAUCUGUUUCUUGCUUAACUUAAUUAGGCCUUAGUGUUGUACUUAUCAAGGAAAAUGUAACAAUAUUUGACAUAUGCAGAGGUUACUUUUCAUUAGUCUCUUUGUAGGCAAACAUGCAUGUGCUGGUUCGAUGUGGCAGGUAACCUGUGGGUUCCGUCAAGGUGUGAGCAAACUGGCGCAAACACCAUAGUUAUCAAUUUGCCAGUAAUGUUUCAAGUGUAUAUUUGUUUGUUGGAGUUAUUACAUCAAACCAGUAUAUGUACCUAACAUCUGACUGUUUUUUUUUUU